CUCCCAUCAGGCCUCCAGCCCCCCAGCCCUGGAGAGUCAACAGAAGAAGCGGGCUGCCAACUGAAGAUCUCCCCCUCAACUCUUGUGGUCAGGUUUGGUGAACAAAUCAAAGCCAACUGCUCAAAACCUCGGAUCGGGUUUCCUUACCUUGGCUGGGACACAGCACCGGCAGAUAGCCAUACAACUACAGAGGAUUUUCUGGUCUGGAGUUUGGACAAUGUGACCACGUGGAACAUGACGCCUACGUGUUUUGCACUUUCUGACGUGGGAGGGUCGUGUACCCUUAAGCUUCCUUUAAUCAUCUACCAACCUCCAAACAGAGUCUCCAUCACAUUAGUCAAUACCACUUGGCCGAUGUUGGAGGGACAGCAGUACGUUCUGCAGUGCACCGUUCACAACGUGGCACCUGUUGAAAAGGUCACUGUGACUUUCUACAGAGGACAGAAAGAACUGGCUCAACUCAAGUCCAACAUCACAGAGAAGUCACCUGUGAAUGAGAGCUUCAAUCUGAGCAUCAUCCCCUGUAAGGAGCAUGACAGAACCCAGUACUGGUGUGAAGCCAAGCUGGAACUGGGACCUGCAGGACCACAGCUUCCGCCUGUGGUGAAGUCAGAAAAACUCACAACACUUGUCCAGACAGGUCCACAGCUUGUUCACCCUGUAAAGCAGCAGCUGAAAGACAGUGUCAAAUGUGAGGUGAAAGUAAACCCACCAUCAGGAAACAGCGGCCUGGGGCGAGCCCCUCUGGCAAAGGGGCAGACUGUUCUGCAGUAG